GGCUCAAAAUGAUAAUAAAAGACAGAUGACCAGCAGAGAGAAAUUAUUACUAUUGGGUGCCAACUGCCAUUGGACCUUAUGACGUGCAAAAGCCUAGGGAACAAUGGCGCCCGAGGUAAAAGGACACCAGCAACAACAGCAAUUCAAUCAUCAACAUGUCAAGCAACAAGGGAAACCGCCCAGUGCGAGUUGCCAACUGUUCCGGCUACCAUGGCGAUCCUGCGUACGAGAUGUACCGCCAGGCAACGCUAGGAGACGUCGAUUUUAUUACCGGUGACUAUCUCGCGGAGGUCAAUCUCGCCAACAACGCCGAGGCCUGGCGAGCCGGAACGCACCCCGGCUACGAGGAAACAGCCUGGGAGGGCAUCCAGCAGACCAUCGAUGUCAUUGCAGAAAAGGGAAUCAAAGUAGUCAUUAACGGAGGCGCGCUGGACCCUAAGGCUCUUGCGUUGAAAGUUCAAGGAUUGGUAAACGAGAAAAAGCUCAACCUCCGCGUUGGUUAUCUAUCUGGUGAUGAUUUAUACAACCGUGUCGGCCCAAACAUGCCCACGACAAAAGAGGAACUCCAACAUCUGGACUCGGACAACUCGUCUGCUGCCCCGGCAUCGCUAACCUACGCCUUUCUCCGCGGUACAGCAGACGGUAAAGCCAUCCCCAUGGUUUCCGCUCAUGCGUACCUUGGAGCUCGUGGGAUAGUUCACGGCCUCCGAAACGGCGCAGAUAUCAUUCUCUGUGGCCGAGUAGCAGAUGCCAGUCCGGUGAUUGCGGCCGCUUGGUACUGGCAUGACUGGGCAGAGGACGACUACGACGAGUUGGCUGGCGCUUUAGUAGCAGGGCACCUUAUUGAAUGUUCAGCCUACGUGACUGGGGGGAACUUCUCUGGUUUUGAUAAAUAUGAUCUCGAUGACCUUGUUGCACCGGGAUUUCCAAUCGCUGAAAUCGAGGCCGAUGGGACGUGUAUCAUCACCAAGCACCCGGGCACAAAGGGUAUGGUCACUGUUGAUACAGUGCGGUGUCAGUUUCUGUAUGAGCUGCAGGGAACGGUAUACUUGAAUAGCGAUGUGAAUGCUUACAUCGGCGACAUAGCUGUCCAGGAAGUGGGAAAGGAUCGCGUCCGCGUCUCCGGGAUCAAAGGCUCCCCGCCACCACCAACAACUAAGCUUGCAGUCUUCUACCAAGGUGGAUAUGAGGCCGAGAUCCUGAUCAAUGCCACUGGCUAUGCCACGUCUAAGAAAUGGGACCUGAUCGAAAAGCAGAUCAAUCAGUUCCUUCCGGACUCUGCACGGAGGGAAAUUGAAACUCUUGAAUUUCAACGAAUCGGCACUCCAUCACCGAAUCCAACCUCGCAAGCAUCCAGCACAACAUACCUCCGCAUCUUCAUUGCCUCGCGCUCCCCUCAAGCCGUAGGGGCUGUUGGACUAGCAUUGAAGAAUAUCUCCUUGAAGCAUUUCUCCGGCUUCCACAACACCCUCGACAUGCGCACCGCAAUCCCACGCCCAUUCCUAGCAUACUACCCAGCCCUAAUCGCCCAGUCGGACCUCAACGAGGAAAUCAACCUACUCAACACCGACAGCACAAUCACCACCCUCAACACAGGCCAUCCAAGCACCUACGCUCCCCUCAAACCACGCGAGAGCUACGACCCUCCCGCCGCAGAGUCCAACAGCCACAACCACAACCCAUCAAGUCCCACGAAACGAGGCAAGCUCGGCGACAUCGCACUCGCCCGCUCCGGCGACAAAGGCGGCAACCUAAACAUCGGCUUCUUCAUCCCUCAGCAUCCUGGAACCGGAACCGACAACGGAAAGGAGUACAAAGAGAAAGAAUCCUGGCUCCGUCAGUACCUAACAAUAUCGCGCAUGCGCACCCUUCUCGGCUCAGACUGGCGCGACGAGUAUUUCAUCGAGCGCGUUGAGUUCCCGCACAUCGGAGCCGUGCAUUUCGUCGUCUACGGGAUUCUAGGACGUGGUGUUUCCAGCUCUUCGAGGCUAGAUGGGUUCGGGAAGGGCGUUGCGGAUUGGAUUCGCGAUGUGGAGGUUGAUUUUCCUGCUGGUAUAUACUGACCUAGUCAAUUGUCUACCUGACGAAGAGAUGUGCUAGCCGCGUCUUCCUAGUUGAGUCAUUUCCUCUUAAAGUAGUCGUGCCUUCCCUGGGUAGAAUAUCAUAUUACGACACACCGGGAAGGAACAUUUUAACAUUUGUAUCUUGAUUUUGUACAUUGACUUGUAUACACGAACUUAAUACCUGCUUCCAAAACCAGGCUACUCACCCAGCAAGGGCAAACAAUCC